ACUCCUUCCCGCCAUCCGCCAUCACCUGCUGCUCGCUCGCUCGAUGCCCUUCACCGCGCGUCGGUGACGAUGAUUAUCCUCGACGACAGCGAAGAUCCGUUCUCUGACCCCGACAAGCUCAUCGCCGACUCCCGUUCUGUCCACCGCCCUGCAACCCCGACUCCCUCUCUCCCCUCUUACGAGAUCUCCCAGUCCCAAGCCCAGGGCGUACAAUGUCCCCCAGAGGAGCUCGAGGCACAGACACAUCGGCAAGAGCCAGACCAGCAGCAGCCCGAAAAGGCCGCGCGGAAGUGGUGGCCAAAGAAUGCCCACCGUCGUUUUCGCAGGGCGCUUCUCUACGCUCUGGUAGUGUACUUCGUGAUUACCGUCGCUGUCGGUGUUCCCAUUAUUGUGGUGAAGCUUCGACAUCGCGCCUCGGAGCACAGUCCGUUUCCGCCCAAAGGAGGCAGCAGCAGCAGUCUGAGUUUGAUAUCGGACAGCGCUACGACGCUCCCAAAGUCUCUCGCCGUAGGAUGCAACGCAUGGACAGAGCAUACCCCUUCAUCCUCGACCCUGCAAUACAAUGUGCACCUCAACAGCCUUGUGUUCCUGCAGUCAAACGUGUCGUAUCAAAGCGACCCGUCGACACUGCAAGACAUCUCUGGAACGCUGUCGGUCGGCAUCAAUGCCGAUCCCUACGCAAGGGACGGCAUCGUCUCCGUCGCCAUGUACUAUUCCAGCCAGAGUCUGAAGGAUCAAACGAGCGUGUGUCUCAUGAAUGUCUCGAACAGCAGUGGACUGUAUCUCUACGUGCCGUCAAACCUAUCGGCAAGCGACUCGCUAUCGUUCAACGUGACCUUCCUAUUCCCGCAAGCUCAGCCAUUGUACAUCUCCGAGUUCGUCACGAUGCUUCCCCAUUUCGCCCAGUACUUCGAAAGCCUGUCGGAUUGGGUGAGCUUCGACAAGGUCACAUUAGGCGGGCCGCAGUCGCUGGUAUCGGUAGCGUCAAUCGACGCUACGUCCCUAGAGGUGAAGACGGCCUUGGCAGGCAUUCAGGGCAACUUCAAUGUCACAGAGUCAUUGGUGCUGGAAACCGUCUCUGCUCCGAUCGACGUAAACAUUUCCCUUCAUAAUUCUGGACAUGCAGAACCCACCUUCCUAGACGUGAGCACAGGGAAUGCUCCAUUAAAUGCCAGCGUCUGUCUCUUCCUUCCUCAAGACGCCGAUUCGUCCAGGAUGCCCAACUUCAUAACACGUUUCGAGACAUUCAACGCACCUCUCACUGUUUUCGUUGAUCACGCUCCGGGAUCUGCCGCUGGUGUCCUGCGCCUCCGCGCAGAGAGCAGCGUUGGCCAGGCACUCGUCGCCGUUGACAGCGCAUACACUGGCGUCUUCGAUGUUUCGACAACAUUCGCAACCGCGGACGUGUUCAGCAGUAACGUCAACAGUGUAGCGCAGCUUGCGCAGGUCGACGUCAGCUAUCUGGACGGAGACGUAGUGUCAACGAGUACGGGGACGACGAACGCAGACGUGGAGAUGGGUCGGACCUUGAUAUUCGACACCAUGCAAUCAUCGAGGCUAACGGGAUGGGUAGGAGUGCCACCACGACCAUCCGUACCGCCAACUCCGAAGUACUUCGGCAGGCAGGGUGGCAUCGAGGUCAUCUCAACACUGAGCCCCGCCGCGCUGCUGUUCGGCACAUAGCCAGGCGCGUGCGCGGCCCUCUGGCAGCCUAUCAACGGGCGCACAGGUCGCGUGCGCAUGCUUUUCGCUGGGUCGGUCGUCCGCUGGAUGUGUCCCUCGUCGUGUAGAAUAGUGUACUUUUAGCUUCGGACAGAUGGGAAGGGACACGCCCAUCUUCAUGCUGCAUUGACACCCAGGGUCCUUCGCUGUGUUGUGCUUUUCCUACAUAGGGGUCGGCCUCUUCACUCGUUCUUUCGUCAUUCGUCGUCGCUCAUAUCCUCCUGGCGUUUUGCGGCAGCGCCAUUUGUGUCUACUGCACCGUAACCUACUCACGCUCCCUAAAGUUCGCGGUAUGCAUCAUCGUCUGUCUAUAUUGCAGUCUCUCAUCCAGUACCAGUUACUAAUAGCAUGCAGUUGAAACACACGGUCAUUGGCAUGGAUGCUCCCUCACCGGUGGGCAUUGGUGGACACACAAUUAGAAUCCUUGGUAUGCAG